AUGGAAACGGGAGUAAUCCAUUCGCGGCGACUGCAUGGCGGGCUGCCGCUUGGCGGGAUUGGCGCAGGAACGUUUCAGAUGCAAACGGACGGCGGUAUUUCUGCCGCUGCCCUCACCAAUAACUUUCAGCAGCCGACCGGCGACCUGAACGGCUGUUUCGCGGCGCUGUGGACUCGGAGCGGAGGGCGAACGCAGAGCCGCGUUCUUGCGCUGACUUCACCCUAUGGCCUGCCGACCGUUGCCGCGCUGGAUUUCGACGGCAGGCCGCCGCUUGCGCUGCUGGAUUAUCCCGAUGCCGCUUCGCCGGCACGGCGGGGCAGGGAACCUUUUCGGGACCGAACCGGAGAUGCUAUUUAUGCGCUUCCUUCCGCGAAUGGAUUUUUCGGGCUGCGAUUUACCGGCCCCGAAUUGACAAAGGGAACUUCUCCUGCGGAACGCCUGCGUGACAACGCCACCGGCGAGAUAGCGCUUCUGUGCCUGCCAUCCCGCAAAGACGCCACCGUGACGCUGGCGGGAUGGAACGCGCUGGAAGCAAAACCGGGAUGGUGGGACGGAUUUGCGCGGUCGGGCGAUGUGGCAGGAAACGCGCCGAUUGGCGCGGAGGGCAAAGCGCAUCCGGCGGGCGUGAUUUCGGUGCGGCUGACCCUGCGGCCCAAUGAUUUCGCGGAAAUACCAUUUUCGGUUGCAUGGCGGACGCCGCGCUAUUAUACGCAGUCGGGCGUGGACUACCGCCGUUACGAUUCGGCUCGGUGGGCCGAUGCGCCGAAAGCCGCCCGCGACCUGCUGGAAAACUGGCGUAGUCUGCUGGCCCUGACGCUGGAAUGGCAGGAAUCGCUGACGUUCUCCAACUUGCCGCGCCCGCUGGUUCGCGACCUUAUCAACAGCGUGACGCCAUUGCAGACGAAUACGCUUCAUACAGCAGACGAUAAAUUCGCAUGGUUUUCAGGCGGAAUUUUCGGCCCGUUGUCACCAAACACGAAGCAGGCAGGCGCUGCCGAGUCUCUGCUGUCCGCGUUCUUCCCGAAUCUGCAAAAUCAACGAACAGGCGGGACGAUAGACACGGAGUAUUCGCUUGACACUCCGAACCCAACGUCCGCCAAGUCGAACGUUUCGCCUCCCGCGUCCGAUGCGUUUGCCGCUUAUGCCGACAUCGCUGGUCAGAUCGCGCAGAAUAAGCCUGAAGCGGGGCUUGCGGCGCUGACAAUGCGAGACGCAGCGCGGGAUGCGGCGGGAUUAUCGCCCUGGGUAAGGCUGGAAGCGUCGCCCGGAAACGUCGCGGCGGCAAAACAAAAUUCCGUUCCCUCGCUGGCGCAGGCGGGGGCAUGGCAAAUUCUGGACGCGCUGACCGGCUUCGUCUAUGACCCGAAGACUGCGCAAAUGACGCUGAACCCAAAUCUGCCUGGAACGUGGCGCAGUCUCGUAGCGCCGAUUUUCAGAACGACGUUUCAGGGACGGAUGGAGUACAGGCCGACAGCGCACGGCGGACUGACGACCUUUCGGCUUGAUCGCCUUGUCGUUUCCGCGCCGUCCGGUUCAGAUCGCAAAACACAGGCGAAUGGACAACUUCUCAUUGCGGCGCUGCGGGUUCCCGCCCCGCCCCGCGCUGAUCUUUCUCCAACCACCGUUCACGUCAGCGUCCGACAGGAGUCGCUUGGGUUCCACCUGACACCGGAACCCGCCACAAACACAUUGCUCAUCACAUUGGACACACCGCUGGACGCGCAGGAACGCGCUGAGGAUUGGAACGGCAUGGACGAGACCUUCACAGCGAUUGACAGCAUCGCGCCCGCUAUUGCCACCGAAUACGACCGCAUGCAUUCGGCGUUAGAACGCGCCCGCUGGCUGGCCCAUCAAAAUCGCGCGACGGAAGCAAAGGCGCUACUGCGUCAACUUUCCGAAAGCGCCGCUCCAUCGCCAGCAACGGUCGCAAGUAAUGCCGCCGUUGCCCCUGCCGAUGAUAUCUCGACGCCAACGGAAUGGGCAUUACAGCAGAUUGAAUUGGAACAGGCGAAACUGCAUUAUUUCGACGAUGCCAUUACGACUGCCAGACGAUUUCCAAAGCCUGAACGCGUUUCGCAGGCGCUUUAUAGUGUUCUCUGGGGGCAGGCGCAGGCGGGCGAUAAGGCUGGGGCUUUGCAAACUGCUGAUCUGACCGGCGACCCGCUCAAUCGGUUGCAGGCGCUGCUGGGACUGGCGCAAAUGCAGACGGCAAAGGGGCAGAACCGCCAGUCCGUCGCCAAUCGGCAGGAAGCGCUGCAAUUUGCUAUAACCUUGCCGGAGGGGAAACCACGUCAUGAUGCAUUUGGAAUGUUGCUGAGCGAAUUCCAGUGGUCAGAGAAUGUUCCCGACCUGCUGCGCCUCGCCGACGUUUCCAGCGACAGCCAGCAGCGCGAUAACGCCCGACUAUAUGCCGUCCAAUUGCUUUGGAAGCAGGCGAAAACCGAGGCCACUCCUGCCCUUGCUGCGCAAGCGGAAGCGCUCGCUGCCGGGAUAAAGGACGAAGGGAAACGGCGAGAGACCGCCCGCUAUGCUGUGACGCUGCGGGCGUGGAGCGGUAAUGCGGCGGGCGCAAAAGCGGUGGCGGCGCGACGGCUCGGAAAAGGGGAAGCGACCCUGUUCUUACUCGUUGGCGAACGACUGCGCGACCGCAAGAACCCUCAGGCGACAAAAAUCUUGCAAAAUCUUGCGCAGUUGGUGGUAAUCCCGCUGGAAACCGCUUAUGCGUAUGCGCCAUCGCCGUUUCAUGGGCUCGCCACAGCAUUGCUUUCAAUGGGCGAGUGGCGAAUCGUAAUGGCAGUGGCGGAUCAUCUAUCGGACGACGUAUAUAGACUUCAGGCGUAUCAGGAUAUUGCGCUUCAGGCCGCCAGAGCAAAAGACACAGCCUGCCUGAAAGAAGUCUUGCCGCGACUCGAGCCUCUUAUUGCUGGUUUGCAGUCUGCGCAAGACCGCGUACGGCGCCUCAUUAAUCUUGCGGACGCCUACGCCGCGCUGGGGCAAACGGGUCGCAUCCUGCCCCUUAUCGAAACCCUCCCGGAAUCGAAAAGCCGGGCCGAGAUGCUGAUGGCAUGGGGCGAAUGGCAGGCGAAGCGGGGCGAUAAGAACGCAAAGGACACGCUGGGCAAGGCGGCAAAAGUGGCGCUGGGUAUCGCCGACGUUCGCGAACGGAUUCCGGUCAAUCUACAAAUCAUGGCAGCUCUGACUCUCCUUGACGCGAAGCCGGAAGUGACCGCGUUGCUGGCUCAAACCGUUGCCGCCGCCGCUGUCGCGCCGCUGGACUCCGGUUGGGAAACGUGGCGGUCAGACCUUGCUAACUGUCAGGCGGAAGCCGGAGACGCAGACGGCGCGUUGCAGAACGUGCUGAAAAUCAAAGAGGCGCAGCAGCGGAACGAUGCGCUGUUUACACUGGCGUACCACUUGAACCGUAGCGGCAUGACAGACCGCCUCGCGCCGAUAGUUUCCGCUCUGACGGACGAAACCGCCCGCCGCGACUUGUUGCUGCAUCUCGUCUGGCAGGGGAAGGCUGACACCGAUGACCUUCAAAAACAGCAGCGCCUCGCGCUGGCGCCUGAUGACGGCGGCAAAGCCAGUGUGUUGCUGAGUAUUGCGCAAAAGCAGGCCGCUUCUAAACCUCCGUAUCCCGGCGCGUCUCACGCGAAAAUGCCACCGGGACUGGCGAAAACUUAUGCGCAGCGAGACGCCGCCAGACUGCUCAACACAGUGGGCCGGGAAGUAGAAGCGCGAACCCUGCUUCUUGCGGCGGUGGAGCAGAUUGUUCGCGUAAUGAAGCCUGGCAAGCAAGGCAACUGGCAUCUGCCGCCCACUGAACCCUACACAGGAACCCGCCUCAGCGCCGAAAACGAAUGGGAAGUGCAACUGCUGGACAUCGCCGAAGCCCAAAGCGAGGCAGGCGAUUUAGAAGCGGCCCUGCAAACCGUCCGCCAUCUGCCUACGGGCCAAUUACGCCAAUUUGCCGUUAAUGAGAACGUCCGAGACUGGAUGACAAGCGGCCCACAACCCCAUGACCUGACCGCGCUGACGCAACUGACCUCACCCGACGAACGCCCGUAUGCCCUGCUGACCGCCGCGAAUGCCUUGCUGCCGCCUGUGAAUAUUGGUUUGUAA